AAGAUGAAGGUGAGUAUGGCCUUUCCCUCCUCAUUGGUUUGGAAUUAUUGUAUUGUGUUGCGUUGAGGAAGAGUGAAUCAGAUCGCGUACCGUACCACGAGUAAUAGGAGCUAUAGGUGAAUCAGUGAUCAGAAUUGUGAUUUUGGAUCGAAAUAAUGUUUAAAUUCCUGAAAGAGGUGGUGGGUGGAUCUGGAACGGGCCUUAAGGAUCUCCCAUACAACAUUGGCGAACCUUACCCUUCUGCUUGGGGUUCUUGGGUUCAUUACCGCGGCACCUCCAAGGAUGAUGGGUCUGCUGUGUCAAUCUUCUCUCUAUCUGGGACCAAUGCUCAGGACGGACAUUUAGCUGCGGGUCGUAAUGGUGUGAAGCGUCUACGCACUGUUAGGCAUCCAAAUAUUUUGUCAUUUCUUCACAGUACCGAGAUCGAAACUCAUGAUGCUGGUUCUCCCAAGGUUACAAUUUAUAUGGUAACCGAGCCUGUAAUGCUACUGUCAGACAAGAUUAAGGAGUUAGGUCUUGAAGGUACACAGAGGGAUGAAUAUUAUGCUUGGGGCCUGCAUCAAAUAGCGAAAGCUGUGAGCUUCUUAAAUAAUGAUUGUAAACUUGUUCAUGGUAAUGUUUGCAUGGCUAGUGUUGUUGUCACGCAAACUUUGGACUGGAAACUCCAUGCUUUUGAUGUUCUAUCAGAGUUUGAUGGGAGUAAUGAAACUUCGUCUGGGCAAAUGCUGCAAUAUGCAUGGCUUGUUGGAGCACAAUACAAACCAAUGGAGCUUGUAAAAUCUGACUGGGCUGUAAUUAAGAAGUCUCCUCCAUGGGCCAUUGAUUCUUGGGGCAUGGGUUGUCUAAUCUAUGAGCUAUUCUCUGGUAUGAAGUUGGUGAAAACUGAGGAGUUACGCAACACUGUCUCCAUUCCCAAGUCUUUGCUUCCAGAUUACCAGCGGCUACUAAGUUCCACGCCUUCUCGUAGAUUGAAUACAUCAAAGCUUAUAGAAAACAGUGAGUAUUUUCAAAAUAAGCUGGUAGACACAAUUCAUUUCAUGGAAAUUCUCAGUUUGAAAGACAGUGUUGAGAAAGACACCUUCUUCCGCAAGCUUCCAAAUUUAGCAGAGCAGCUUCCUCGUCAGAUUGUGUUGAAGAAGUUACUUCCUUUAUUAGCUUCUGCCCUUGAAUUUGGUUCAGCUGCUGCCCCCGCCUUGACUGCAUUGUUGAAAGUGGGUUCCUGGCUUUCAGCUGAGGAGUUUCGUGUCAAGGUUCUUCCAACAAUUGUUAAACUCUUUGCCUCCAAUGACCGAGCUAUUCGAGUUGGCCUUCUUCAACAUAUUGAUCAAUAUGGAGAGUCAUUAUCAGCACAAGUUGUUGACGAGCAGGUUUACCCUCAUGUUGCUACUGGAUUCUCUGAUACAUCUGCUUUUCUGAGGGAACUUACUCUCAAGUCCAUGCUAAUUCUGGCUCAGAAGCUGUCUCAUAGGACCAUUUCAGGGUCGUUAUUAAAGCAUCUGUCAAAGUUACAGGUUGAUGAAGAACCAGCAAUACGAACAAAUACUACCAUUUUAUUGGGAAAUAUUGCAAGCUACUUAAACGAAGGGACAAGAAAAAGAGUGUUGAUUAAUGCAUUUACGGUCCGUGCUUUACGUGAUACUUUUCCACCUGCUAGAGGAGCAGGCAUUAUGGCUUUAUGUGCCACCAGUUCAUAUUAUGACAUCACUGAAGUUGCUACUAGGAUUCUUCCUAAUGUUGUUGUACUCACAAUUGAUCCUGACAGUGAUGUUCGUUCUAAGGCAUUUCAAGCUGUUGAUCAAUUUUUGCAGUUGGCAAAGCAAUAUUAUGAAAAGACAAAUACAGCAGACGCUACUGGGGGUGCAGGCAUGGGAAUCUCAUCAAUUCCAGGAAAUGCAAGUUUACUUGGAUGGGCUAUGAGCUCUUUGACCCUUAAGGGUAAACCUUCUGAUCAUGCUCCAGUUCCUUCUGUGAGUUCUAGUGCACUUACUCCAACAUCUUCUAAUGCCAGCUCAGCUAUUGAUACUCCAUCAACAGCACCUAUCCGUGUAAGCUCCGCACCAGAUUUUGCUGAACAUCCUGUCCCUACCUCCCCUACAUCAACGGAUGGCUGGGGGGAACUGGAGAAUGGAAUCGAUGAGGAGCGUGAAAAUGACAAGGAUGGGUGGGAUGAUCUGGAACCACUUGAAGAAACAAAGCCAACUCCUGCUCUUGCAAAUAUUCAAGCAGCUCAAAGACGGCCUGUUUCUCAACCUGCUUCACAGACAAAACAAGCCUCAAGUUUGCGAUCCAAAAGUACGCCAAAGCUGAACAAGGAUGAAGAUGAUGAUUUAUGGGGUUCCAUAGCAGCUCCUGCUCCAAAAACCGCAAAACAAUUAAAUUUGAAAUCAACUGUAACUGAUGAAGAUGAUCCCUGGGCUGCCAUUGCUGCUCCUGCACCCACCACAAAGGCCAGGCCCUUAUCAGGUGGCAGAGGUCGGGGAGCUAAACCUGCUGCUCCAAAAUUAGGUGCUCAGCGGAUAAUCCGCUGAAUUGUCAGAGAACAAAAGGAACGAGGAAAAAUUGAAUCUGUACGUUUCUUUUGUUUGUUCUGGUGGCUGGUGAUCAUGUUAAAUACAGGAACCCAUCUAAUAUAUGAAUUACAUUUGUGCUUUCUUUUGGCAUAAUUGAUUUGUAAUAUUCUUUUAAGGUUAUCAGAUAAAUUAUCUGCAGUAAGUGAAUACGACGUCGUUU